UUCAAGUUAUGAAGAGAAUAAAUAAUCACAAAAAAAUAUCCAAAUAUAACAACGUGAAAUGGAUAAAUUAAUAAUUAUGUAAAGAUAACGUACAAUUUUAUGUAUUUUUUUUUUAAUUAGAUACGAAUUAUUAAAGAAAUUAAAGAUAAAAUAUUUCACAUUUAUAUUGUCUUAUUUGCUAAAUUAGGAGAAAUCAAAUUCAUCAAUAAACAUAUUAUUUUUAUAUUUUUAUAUCAAUUUAAUCACAAAAUAUUUUUAUUAUGCAAACAUAUUUCAAUAAGUAAAAUAAUAGUUGCAUUAUAUUAUACCUCUUUUAAAUAUUAAUUAGUAUUUAUAAUAUUGAUAUGUGAUAGCAUCUUUCAUAUUGCUAUUUUCUGGCUUUUAAUACUUCUUAGUAGUAGUAAUUGAUGAACACAGUCAAUUGUUUUAUUUUAACUAACUAAAUAUACUAUAUGUAUAUACAACUAUCACAUAUCCUGCAUAUAUAGGUGAAACUGUCAGAUAAAAUGUGAUUUAUUUUAUCAUUGAUAUUACUUUUAAUCAAUUUGACUUAUUAAUGCAUAAUUUCAUUUAACUGAUGAAGCAUUGUGAGCGAUUAAUGUACUAUGUAUUUAUUACCUACGUUGUUAUUAGUAUGCAUUAUUUUAGAGAAGUCUGAUAACGGUAUUAAAUUUGGAGAGUUGUAUACCUUUAAAUCAAAGGAAAAUACUCUAACGUUUAAUUCAAAUUCUUUGAAUGCUAAUGCAAUUCAUGAAUGGUAAUAAUAUUUCUUUUAUAUUGCAAAAAUUAUAUCAACCCACGUAUGUUUUACAAUUGUUUAUUGUCCACUGAUUACGUUGUUAUACUAAUUAUGAGACUUAACAUUAAGUUUAUGAAAUUAGUAUGUACGAUAAUCAAGAGGUCAGCCUUUUCUCUGCUGAAUUAAAUGUCUUACAAAAAGUUCAGGCAGAUACUAAAAAGAAAAUUAAUCUGUAUGUUCUUGGGUUUAAUAACAAAAAGUUCAGAUAUGUAAAAGUCAGUUACUUAAAUGAGUAUGCAAUUCAUAUAAUUUGAAAUAGAUAUUCAUUUAAUAUACGUUGGAUGCAGUUUGGUCAAAUAAUACCACAGCGAAAUGAUAAAGGAUGUUAUCAUAGUCCAUUUUACUGUAAAACUCUAACAAACCGUCGGCGCAAAUUACUUAGUUAUUUAAAUAAAAUGCUUUAUGAAAAUCCUACAAUGAGUGUGGAGUUACAUGAAAAGGAACAAACUAACUUAUUGAAGUAUAUUGGACAUCCUACUGAAAAUAAUAGUGAAUUGUGGGAUGACUGGAGCAAUUGGAGUAUAUGCAGUGUAACAUGCGGAAGUGGUCGUCAAGUUCGUUGGCGUCAUUGUUCAGCAGAACAUUGCAUAAAAGGAUUAAAGAGAGCACAAAUAAAAACAUGCCGUUUAAAAAAUUGUGAUUCUAAAGAUAUUCUUCAGUGGCUUGGCAUUAAAUCCAAAUAGUUUUAUUAAAAAUAGAGAAUACAUUGUUAUAUUUUAAGUUUAUACAGAAAUACGAACAUAAGAUUUUGACUUUAA